AUGCAAAGCCAGCAUGGUGGCUGCCUUCUCUUCCAGGGCGUGCUGAAGCCUCCCCAAGAUGAGUGGGCAAAAGCCCUCAGCUCUGACUUCCUGGAGAAGCGCUUCCUGGGUGAGGAGGUGAAACUCAUCAAGAAGAUGGCGUGCCAUGGCCCGGCUGUCCUGAGGGAGGGAGGAGGACAGCGGAGGAAGCAUCCUGCUCUGGCGUCCUCGCCUCACCCGGCUGAUCUGCUGGCAGAGCAGGCCCGGGCCAGGCCAGCCUCCCUCCUGCCUCUCCACCACUGUGGCCGGGGCACCAUCUUCCUAAGGCGAAUUGUCGUUGUUCUGUAUUUAGUGCAAGAAACUGCGCGGGCCCAGAGGGACCUGGUGUUGGAAACAGCGCAGGACAAAGGCCGCGUGGAGCAGGCGGUCCUGGAGCUGCGGAGGGAGUUCCAAGCGAGACAAGCGGAGAUCGCAGAAGUGAAGUCCGGCCUGAAGCACCUUGAAGCGGUGGCUGCGCAGCAGAGCAAGGACGUCCAGCAGCUGUGUGAGCAGCUGGCCCAGCUCGACGUGCGCGGCGCCCUCGCAGAGCUGAAGCGCUUCAUCGAGGGGCCGCGGGGCCCCACGCACGUGAGAGACAGCACUUCCCAGACCUCGCCCCCGCGGGCCCAGGCCCAGGCCCUCCCAGCGCGGGAUCUGAGGGUGGGCGCCCUGCGGCCCGGGGAGUUUGAUGUCUGGGGUGAGGGAGCCAAGAGGGCAGCCCUCCCAGAAGAGGCCGUUGGAGAAGGGAAGAGAAGCAGGGGGGUCCGGGACAAGGCCGUACAGACGAACCCCAAGAGCCAGCUUCUCCCUAAGACGAGCGCGGAGAACUAUGGCGGCAGGAAGCUGGUUGCCCAAGGAGCCUUGCGGCUUCUGUCCCUGGACGGAAACAACUUUGUGACCAGCCCAAAACGUCAGACCAAAGGCGUGUUUUCACGUGACCCCUGUGAGCAGCAGCUGGUGACGGGAGAACACAGGCGGAGAGGCCGGCCGCCCAGGAGCACCCGCCGGGGCAGGCCCCCCACCAGGCGGCAAGCGCAACCCCGAAGCACAGCCUGUGCUUUCAGUUCCAAGUGCCCCCAGCCUCCCGGUCCUGGCUCACAGGGGUCCCCCCCGGAGCAGCAGGAGCCCCGUGCUCAGCCCCUGUGUUGGGGGCUCCAGGGACGGAACCCCUCACAGCCUGCUCAGGGAGGGGCACUCAGACCCAGGACGACGCAGGCAGCACCCCGGGCCCUCCCGCAGCUCAGUGGGCACUCUCCCCAGGACAGCAGCCAGCGUUCUGACAGCUCCCAGGGGGACCCCCAAAUGAGCUGGUUCAGCGACCUCAACCCUGAAAGCCCCCAGGCCCCGCAGUCCCAGCAGCCGGGAAAGGCUGUGCUCUACCACCUGCGUUUCGAUAGCAGCGACGAGAGCGCCUGAUGGGCACAGUGACUGCAGCGGCUGGAAAGAGAAAUGAAGGGUCAGAGGUCCUGCUAGAAACGGGGGCAGGUCUGGCAUUCUGGCACCCGGUGCUGCCCACGCCAGGGCAUGUGCACCCUCCUUCCCGACGUGAAGCCGGUGGGAGAGCGGGCACCGCCUGGGCGUGGCUCCGCGGAACCCUGAGUGCCAUGGGUGCUGUAGGGCAGGGCUAGCAAACACUUUUUUUUUCUUCAAAAUAUUCUCUACACGUGACCAAUAUUUCUCAGGGCCUCCAGACUUUUAAAUUUUUACCCAGGCUGCUACGGGAGCAUUGUGUGUGUUUGGUCAGUGGACCGGCCAUGCUAGUCAGGCCUGGUGAGCAGAGCGCGCUAAAGCUGCCGGCGACAGACGUGGCACCAAACAGGUACCCGGAGCGCCGCUGCUCAGGCCACGUGACUCCACUUUCCUCCGGACUGUUGUCCCCACGGCCUGUUCUGACCUUGGAUUAACGCCCCGAGGGCAGCGGUGGCCG